AUGCGAAUUGUAAUCCAAAAUUCCGUGGAAUACACUCCAUCGACGUCUGCUACAGACAAGAAAGGUGCUGAAGAUCACAACCAGAUCGUCCCUGACCUUUCUCUCAGUGAUACUGCUGAGGCACAGGCGCCCGAAGUGAAGGUAACACCAGACAAAACACUAAUAGGCCCACCAAGAGAUUCUCAUGGAAGAAGGACUGGUAAAAACAAAAAGAAACAGAGAAAAAAUAAAGGUGCUGUCACAGAGGAUCAUAAGAAGUUGGAAUUCAGUGUUGUCACGGAGGCAAAGCCAGAGAUAGAUCUAGAUCAAGAUAAAAAAGAUGUCUCCGAUUGCAACCAAGGGGAAGUAAACAAUUACCAAGUUCAAUAUUCUGACUGUGAAUCACAGUAUCCUGAUUUUCGUUCUUAUCUAGAUUACCUCUCAGAAUCAGAUGAUGGAUUUACCAAAGUUGUCAGGAAGCACAGGCCAAGACGUAAUGUAUCUUCUCUGGAUAAAACCGCAUCAAACAAAGACAAAACUUCCUCCACUGGCAGUGGAAAUAGGAAAAAGGAAUCCACUCGGGCCAGACGCAAACCUUCUGCCACUAACACAGACAUUAAGAAAAAGGAAAAGGCUGCAGAAUCUUCUCUUGAUAAAACACCUCCGAACAAUGGCAAGUCUUCAACUGCUAACUCUGGUGAUAGUAAAAAAGAACCCACCAGUACUAAAGCAACUCCCAGAAAUUCAAAAAGAUCUAGGGCACCAAGAGCAGCAAGAUCAAAAAACCAGAGCCACACACCAAGCACCAGAAAGACUAACUUAUCAACUAGCAGGCCCGCUUCAAAGCAUCCUAGUGCAGAAAAACAUCAGCUGUCUGACAAUAGUAAUAGCUCAAACUCUGUCUCACGAAGUACCUUCAGCAAUACAUCAAGUACUGUCCCUAGUGUUUCAAAAGUUUACUCCCAAGGCAUCUCAAGGAGUUACUCAAGUAUAGUAGCUAGUAAAAAUGUCCCCAGCACUGCUUCAAGUUCAGACAUUGUAUUAAGUAACGUUGCUGGAAACACCUUAACAAGCAAAAUAGCUUCUGUAUCUGGUUCAGAUCAGGUAAAAAAUUCAACCCUGAAGUCCUCCCUGCAGUCAUCACUGUCAAACCGGUCUCAGUCUCAGCCAGAGAAAAACCAAGAGAUGUCUGGCAGAUCAUCUGAUGUAAAGGCUACCUCUGAAGACAAUGAUGUGGGGUUGAUUAGCCAAGAGUCAAGUGAUAUGAGCUCUCAUUCACAUGCCAUCUCAUCAUUGAAAAAGAAAUAUUCUAAAUCAAAGGCAACUGUGGUCAAAAGUUUGAUCUUUGACUCCUCCAUUCUGAGUGUUAAUAAGCAAUCAACUCGUUCUCAUCUAGAAGAAGACCAAGAUCUGGUCUUCAGCUCUUCAGAUGACCUCAGUGAUGUUGGAUGGACAAGCCCGGAAGCAUUAGGAUCAAUGGAUAGCCUGAGGCCACAAUCCACUUCUUCUGACCAAUACAUGCAUAAUUUAUCUUUACAAGACCCCUUGAUAAAUUCAGCAAACAAUCCCUUGGUGUGCUCUCUACCAGGUGAGAUGAACUCUCCAGUGAUGAAUUCUGACAUUGAUUUCACUUGGAAUUUUUUAGAAAACCAAACACAAGUCUCCUGGCAAAAUAGAGGUGUUGAUGGGCAGACAACCCAUCCUGAGCUAGAGAAAAAGCAAGUUAGCAGCUCCUCUGAUGAAAGAGUUACCUCUGAAGACAGUGAUCCAUUUUAUAUGUCACCAAGCAGUCUAUUGUCACACUCUCUACUUGAUGAGAUGACCUCUACAGAGAUCAAUGCUGACAUUGAUGACACCCCAAGAAUUUUUGAGCACCCACUUUAUCCACAUGUUUUUUGUCGUACUCCUGGGAAAAAGAAAAACCCUUGGAUGACAGAAAACACUCCAGAAGACAAGGGAAUAUCUAAUCCUUUUCAUGUACCAACUAUUGAUUCACCAUUUUAUAACAGUGACAGAUUGAGGAAAACUAAAAUGAAUAUGAACACUUUGGCUGGCAGUGUUGGACAGGCAGACUCUUGUUUUAACCCUUCCAUUGUUUUUGAAAGUCUUCAGCUGGAGCUUGGCGAUGAAAUAGAUUUGCGCCAGGCUGUUGAGAAAAAAGUUCUGACAUCAUUAAAGGUGGAAAGAGCAACAUGGCUGGAGAAGUUGAAAAAAGUAGCACUGAAAAAUAUUGAAAAUCUAGAGGAAUUAGUUAAAAGAGCUGGAAAGGAAGAUGACCGUUACCGCUACUCUCAGCUAAAGCAAAAAAUCAGAGACUGGACUCUGCACUUAGAACUUUGUGACCAAGGUUUAUUGGAGGUCACACAAGGGGGACUACAGAUUCUAACCAUGGAUAAAAUUAUGGACAGCCUUCAGGUAUCUUCAGCACCAAUCUGUUUAACUAUUGAAGAACCAAUUAGCCAAUUAUUACUAAAGAGAUAGGAGGGUGUUAUUGAAGUCAUACAACAGUCCUUCCCUGAUUAUUCAUGGAGCUCCAUCUUUACAAAACUUGAGGUAUUGAAAGCACAGUCUGGUGGAACAUUGAAUAAUUUUAGCACUUAUCACCUGAACAAGGCAAUAACAAAUGCAAUAAUUCAGGAGAAAGUGCAUCAGGCGAACUUAGCCACCAGCCCUCUUGCCUCACACAAAAGUGUCUGUCAUACAAACUCUGGACAAAAAUAUAGCCAUUCCACUGCAAGUCAAAGAAGUAGAUGUAGCACAGCAGGUCGAAGAUCUAGCCGAAGAACAACAAGUCAGAACGAUGAGCAACAGCCAUCUAGGAGUCGAAAAGGUGGCCAAAGAAGAUCACGUAAAAGGGUUGGUUGUGGCAGGUUAGAUGGUCGAUAAGCUGUAUAGUUUUGUGCUGGUUGAAACAAUUUUAAGAUAGAAUCACAGCAACUUAAUAAAACAGAAUGUACAUCCAUCAGAAGUUUAAAUAGUUAAGCAGUUAGUACCAGUGCUUGUUUCAAGAUCUUAAAACAAUUGUUCUUCAUUUAUAUUUUUGGCUCCAAAUGCUAAAUCUAAUUGCUUUUGUUUUCACAAUUUGUUUAAUUUGCUUUGUCACCAAUUGAAAGGCUGAUUGAAAGUCCAUUAACUAAUCACAACUGUCUCUUUAAAUGAAAUACUACUUGGAAUGGUUUUAAAUUGAUUUGCUCUUUAGAUGAGGUAUUUUUUUUUUUGCCUUCUUUUUAUAUCAUCUAUUCAACUUUUUUUUUUUAACCUGUAUCUUAUUCAACUCAUGUGUAUUGUUUUUCUUUUUUUUUUUUCUAGUAUUUUGUUAUUUAUAAUUAUUUCAUUGCUGUUCACUAUAUGUUUUGAUUAUUUUGGUGAUAUGAAUUUUUUUUUGUUGCUUUAUUUAAUGUGAAUGUUGUCAUAUAGUGAAUCUCAUUUGUGACCUUU